AUGGCUGCCGAUUUAAUUGUUGCUAUUGCUGUAAAGAUAGGAGAAUUUGUAUUUGAACCUUUUGGGAAAUCGUUCAGUUACCUGUAUCAUUACAGCAAGAACAUUACUUCUUUCCAAUCUCGAGUUCUGGCUUUAGAGAAUUGUAGGAUUGAGAUCCAAGGUUUAGUUAGUGAGGCAAAGAGAAAUGGAGAACAUGUUCUACCUCAAGUUGCAGCAUGGCUAACAGCUGCAGAUGGGUUUGUCGAUGAAUCAAGAAAGUUUCUCGAGGACCAUCAAAGUAUCCCAUCAUGUACCAACUUAGUUUCACGCUACAGGACUAGUAAGAUAGCAAAAAAUAGGGUAUUGGCUGUUAAUAAGCUUCUGGGAGAUGGCAAGUUUGACCGUGUUUCUCGACAAGUUCCUCCACCACUGUGGUCUGCCUCUACAGGUAAUCUGGAGACUUUUGACUCAAGGAACUUAACGUUUAAAGCCAUCAUGGAAGCACUCAAAGAUGAUAACAUCAGUGUUAUUGGGGUGUAUGGUAUGGGGGGUGUUGGUAAGACGACUCUUGUGAAAGAAGUUGCUAAGCAAGCUAGUGAAGACAAACUGUUUGAUGAAAUGGUGAUAUCAGUCAUCUCUCAAACCAUAACUGUGAGGAGGAUUCAAGGUGAAAUCGCUGACAAGUUGGGACUGAAACUUGAGCAGGAGAGUGAAUCUGGAAGAGCCACCCGAUUAUGUGAAAGGCUGAAGCAAUCAACAAGGGUGCUUUUGAUACUAGAUGAUGUUUGGAGACUACUAGAUCUGGAGGCUAUUGGGAUACCACACAAUGAGGUACAUAAGGGUUGCAAAUUGUUGUUGACAUCGCGGAGCAAAGAUGUGUGCAAUGAGAUAAAUGCUCAAGUAUGUGUCCCUGUAAAUGUCUUAUCUAAAGUGGAUGCUUGGAAGUUAUUUAGCAAGAUGGCAAGCAUUACCCAUGGUAGUUCUGAUAUACAUCUUCUAGCAACUAAGGUAGCGGAAAGAUGUGCAGGCUUACCAAUUGCAAUUGUAACUGUUGCACGUGCUCUCAGAGGCAAGAGUAAACAUGCUUGGAGUGAUGCGCUUCGUCAGUUGCAACACCCUCCUUCAAAGAACAUCAAAGGCAUGCAGAAAUACGUGUACUCCUCUCUUGAAUUGAGUUACAAUUUUUUGGAAACAGAUGAAAGUAAGUCUUGCUUUUUGCUUUGUAGUUUAUUCAAAGAAGAUGUGGAGAUUCCUGUUGAAACUUUGGUUAGAUAUGCGAUGGGGUUAAGGUUGUUUCAGAAUGUUUAUCAAUUAGAAGCUGCAAGAGACAGGACAUAUGCCGUAGUCGAGGGCCUGAAAGCUUGUUGCUUGCUUUUGGAUGGUAAAGGCGAGGAGUAUGUUAGGAUGCAUGAUGUCAUUCGGGAUUUUGCUAUUUUGGUUGCAUCUAGUGGUGAAAAUAUGUCUUUGGUGAGACAUGAUGCACAAUCCUUUGGAAGUCCUGAAGGUGAACCUCUCAACCCUUUUGCUGCAAUCUCACUUGCAUCAACUAGCAUUACCGAACUUCCCAGUGGCCUGGAUUGUCCAAAACUUGAGAUUCUGCUAUUACAGUUUCACUCUGAUUCAAUUAAAGUUCCUAGUAAGUUCUUUGAAGGGAUGAAAGAACUUAAAGUUCUAACCAUGAGUGACAUGCCCAUUUUGUCUUUACCUUCAUCGAUUAGAUCUUUAUGGAAAAUGCGGACAUUGUGCCUUGAGCACUGCAAGCUACGAGAUAUCUCAUUAAUCGGAGACAUCACGAGCCUUCAAAUUUUAAGCUUUCUAGGAUCUAAUGUUAAGCGGUUGCCAGAGGAAAUUGGACAACUAACACAGUUGAGACUUUUAGAUUUGACAGAUUGUGAAGAGUUGACAACAAUUCCACCCAAGGUGUUAUCAAGAUUGUCUUUGUUGGAAAGCUUGAAUAUGAUGAACAGUUUUGUGAACUGGAGUGGUGAAGAUAAAGACAUGCAAGGAAAUAACCCAUCUCUCAAUGAGUUGAGAAUGUUGCCUUGCUUAAGAUCCUUGGAAGUGAACAUCCUCAAUGUCAAUCUCAUCCCCAAAGAUCUACUCUUGGAAAAUUUGAUCAAAUUCAAGAUUUAUGUUGGAAGCUAUUGGUUGGUUAGCCUUACCCAUCGAUACACAAGAGCUUUGAAACUCAGAGUUGAUGAAGGUAUUAGUUUACCAGACGGUCUCAGGAUGAUGCUGAAGCAAGCUCAAUACUUGAUCUUAGAAUAUUGUCCUCAUGUCUUAAAGAAUAUUCUACAUGACUUGAGAAUGGAAGGAUUUCGGAGCCUCAGGGGGUUAGAGCUAUACGGUAAUUGUGAUAUUGAAUAUUUAGUUGACACAAUAGGAUGUAAACCAGGUGAUGUCUUUCCUACUUUGGAGAAGCUGGAAAUAGUUUCUUUGGAAAACCUUAAAGAAAUAUGCCAUGGCCAUCUCCCUGUCAGAUCGUUCUCGGCACUGCAGGAAUUGGAUCUAAAGUACUUGCCUGAGUUCAUUUGUUUGUGGAAGGAGGACACUCAUGAUCACACCUGCCUUGUCAACCUAAGGACUGUCUCUGUACACACUUGUCAAAAAUUGGAAAUUCUUUUCCCACUGCACACAGCCACAAAUACAGGAUUGCUCCAUGAUCUGUGUAUAUUCAAUUGUGGCAUUCUCCGGGGAAUAUUUUCGAAUGAUACCACAGUUGCAGGUGACAAAAGGGAGAUUGUGCUCCCUGUGUUGAAUGUCCUGGAGCUUUCUCUUUUACCCCAGCUAAGGAGUUUCUACCCCAAAAUGAAUGAGAUUUCAACUUCAGAUGACAGCCUUGAGAUACCUCUCUUUGGGGCUAAUGUAAUAUUUCCAGAAUUGCAGGUGCUAAGACUCAGGAAACUGCCAAGAGUGAAAGCAUUAUGGCCCCUACAAGUGCCUGAAGAGAGCUUUGGCAGAUUAAAAGUUCUAAGGAUCACAAGGUGCAAUGCAAUCUCAAAGUUGAUCCCAUUUAAUAUGUUGCAGAGAUUAAAGAACUUCGAAAGUCUUUCCAUCAUUAACUGUGAUAUGGUUGAGGAGAUUUUUGAACUUGAUGGUCUAGUAAAUGUUGAUGAAACUACUGCAUUAGUAAAUUUUCCUCCACUGAAAGAACUAGUUCUAUGUGGCUUAUCUGAAUUGAAGCAUUUGUGGUGGAACGAGGGUUCCUUUGGAUAUGUUAGCUUGCAGUUUUUAAGUUUGCUGACCAUUACCAGAUGUGAUAGUUUGACACGUAUUUUCUCUCUAUCAGCAUUGAAAGGUCUCGUUCAACUUCAACGCCUAGAAAUAGAAUCGUGUGCAUUGGUUAAGGAGAUUGUUUCUUUUGAGAGAGGAGAGGGCAGCAACAUGGUUGUUUUUCCGCAUUUACACACUCUUCGGCUUAACCAUCUGCCAGACCUUACAAGUUUCUACAAAGAUCACAAACCUUUAGAUUGGCCAUCUUUGAAGAUCCUGAAUAUUGCGAAUUGUCCCAAUAUGAAAACUUUUCCUGCUUCUGAACUUGAACAAAUUGUAGAUCAAGCGGGUAACCUUUGUUCUACAAUACAGCCCCUUUUUAAUGAGAAGGUUGCAUUUCCUAAUACAGAAGAGUUGCACAUACAGUACAUGGAUAACCUGGUUGAGGUAUGGGAUCACCUACUACCAGAUCAGACCUUCUCCAGUCUACAAGUCCUGAAUGUGAGAGGGUGUGAAAAGCUAAUUCAUGUUGGCUCAACCCAUAUGUUGGCAAGGCUACAAAUGCUCAGUAAACUCUACAUAGAAGAUUGUGGUUCAGUUGAGGAGAUCUUUGUCACUGAGCACAAUGUAAAUCAAGAUGACACCAUUGUGUCACUCUUCAGCUUGACAGAAUUGAGAUUAAAGAGUCUACCUGAAUUGAAGCAUAUAUGGUGGAACACGGAUUCACGAUGUGGGGCCCUUCACUUUCAGAACCUAAGUUCACUUGAAGUUUCUGGUUGUGCCCAUCUCAAAUAUAUACUCUCAACUUCCAUCACCAAAGGGCUAGUACAACUCCAAGAACUUAAAGUAAAUUUAUGUGAGCUGGUUGAAGAGAUUGUCUCGAAUGACAUCUCUGUGGAAGACCAAGUUGAAGUGGUAGUCUUUCCUCGGUUGAGAACUCUUGAACUUAAGAAUUUGCCAAAUCUCAAGAGUUUUUGCUCUAUAAAUGGUAUGUUGCAAUUGCCAUCCCUUCGAGCACUGAAAGUAAUGGACUGCCCCAAGACGAGGACAUUUGCUUCCAAUCUAACUCGGAGUAAUCUUAUAUUGGAAAAUGUAUCAGAAGAAUUGUUAGAAAAUCACUUCCCUAUCAUAACCGAACCCUUCUUCAAUGGAGAGAUGCUUUUACGUAUGUUGGAGAAACUAAGCAUUGAAGGCCUAAGUAGCUCAAGAGGCCUAUGGCAUGACCAACUUCCACAUGACUCCUUUCAUCAACUAAAAAAUUUGAAGGUAAAAAGAUGCAAGAAAUUGUUAAGACUUGUUCCUGAGCUAAAAAAUAUGGAAAAGCUUUAUGUUGAAGAAUGUGACUCACUUGAAGAGAUUCUUGGAAUUGAGCAGUCCAUUUGGGGAGGUCAUGAGAAUCAUUUGAUUUGUAAGUUGAGAGAUCUCAGGCUACAAAAUCUACCCAAGUUGGUGGCAAUAUGGUGGAACAACCAUUUGAAUGGCAUUUUGAAAUACCCAAAGUUUUCUUCAUUAAAAAUCAUCAAAUGUGAUGGUUUGAUGAAAGUAUUUUCAGUAUUGGUAGUCAAGCACUUCAUACAUCUCGAAGAACUUUACCUAGCUAAUUGCUUGAUUAUUCGAGAAGUGGUUGCAGAAGAUGAACAGAAAGCAUCUACUGGAGAGAAAGUUGUUUUCCCUCAACUUCACUCUCUAGGGCUUUUAAAUCUGCCAAACCUUACGAGUUUCUGUUCGGGGGAUUGUAUGCUUGAAUUUCCUAACUUGGAAAAUCUGAACUUGGAGAAGUGUCCCAAUAUGAGUACUUUUUCUUUAGGGCCACCAGUCACACCAAAACUCAAUGCAAUAGCAGUCGAAAAUGGAGAGCAACUAUGGAAGAUUGACCUCAAUAGCACUAUCAAACACUUGUUUCAGUGCCAAGAAAGUCAUAGGUUUAGCUGUAAAAGUCAAACUGCAACUCCUGAAAGUAUGGUUAUUGAUACUCGGUACAUCGUGAACAUAAUGUGA